UGUCGGAGAGCGGGAGGUCGGAAACUUGCAGCAGGGCGGCUGUUUUUCCCGGCGAGGGUUCAGUCGGCCUGAUGACGCAGAACGCACUCGCCAUUGCGCAUGCGCACGGCGACAGCUGUGGAGCGCGACCCUGGGUGGCCUGAGCCCUCCAACCGCUCCUGCCGGUGACGCUCCGCGCGGAGGUUGAGGCCGGGCCGCCGGCCUGCUCGGGUCUCUGCGCUACCCGGUCUCGGUGGCAGAGGACGGCUGCGAGGACUGAGCCGGACUCCGCGUGCAGAGCGCGCCGGCGCCAGGUCUGGUCAGCACUGGAAAAGAUGCCAGCACCCCCUACCACGUAUGAAAGAAUAGUUUACAAAAAUCCCUCUGAGCAUCACUACGUGAAAGUCUGCCUAGAAUUUCAAGAUCGUGGGGUUGGACUGAAUGCUGCACAGUUCAAACAGUUGCUGGUUUCAGCCUUGAAGGACCUGUUUGGGGAGGCUGAUGCUGCCUUACCCUUGGACCUCCUGACCUAUGACGAGGAGACCUUGUCAGCCAUCUUGAGAAUAUGUAGCAGUGGUCUUGUCAAAUUGUGGAGCUCUUUGACCCUAUUUGGAUGCUACAGAGGCAAUAAAUGUGCCUUCAGAGUGAUUCAGGUUUCUCCAUUUCUCCUUGCAUUAUCUGGCAAUAGUAGGGAACUAGUAUUGGACUGACUAGUCUUCAACUUCAGAAACAUUCCUCUGCGUCCAAAGUAGUUUUGGACGCCAGCCUAAUGUUUGAAGACUGAAGCAGGGUAAAAGCUCCUACUCGUGGAAUCGAGGGUGCUGAGGAUGUUCCCCG